AUGGCUAAUAGUAUUUUUUGGCAAUUGGCAUUGUCACAGCAGCGUCCAAAUGUACCACAGUUUGGUAACUGGGAAAAUGAAGGUGCUGUUCCUUACACAAUCUAUUUCGACAAUGCGAGGAAGGGUAAAAAGGGUGGGAAGAUGAUCAACCCAAAUGACCCCCAAGAGAACCGUGAUUUGUUUGCAAACAUUCCUCCUCUAGAUCAAGCUCCUCCUUCCAGAAUUGGAACCGAUCCAGGGGAACCAACUGGUCGUAGAGCAGUUAGGCCAACACAUGAGCGUCCAGUGAGCAGCAGGGAGGAUGGUAACCUUAGGCAGUUCACUGAUUCUCCAGCGCGUAAUGCAAAUUUGGGCAAUAGACAUUCUAGUGAGUCAGUGCAUCAAUAUAAUGGGGGCCGUGGAUCAAAUUCUGGUCGACCUGUUAGGCAAAGUGCAGGAUCUGAGCAUAGCAUUGACCGGUCCACAGACCAUCCACAUCACCAGGCAAAGCUUAUGGGGAAGGGCAGUGGAUCUCCUGCCUCGGAAGGAAAGAACUCGUAUGACAGUAGCCAUGGUACUCCUGGAAGAUCCAGACUCAAGCCAGUCACUCGGCGAGAUGAAAGUGUUGAUAAAGCUGCUGCAAUUCCAAGAUUUGGAGACUGGGAUGUGAACAACCCUUCAUCAGCUGAUAACUACACUGAUAUUUUCAACAGAAAGCGACAGGAAAAGCAAGCUGAGGGUGGGAAUUCGACAAGCACAGUUACUGAUCCAUCCUACAACCAUAUGAAGAAGCAAAGUACCAAUGGUAAUCAAAAGGUAUGCGGAUUUUUACUAUUGUCAAUCAAAUGGCUUCGGAUGCUGCUUUCCAUGGUUUUAAAUGAGGACCAUCCUAGGAUGAGAAACUGGUUUUUGACCUAUUUGGGGCUUGGGGUUGCUCAAGGAAAUGCAUUCAGGGGUGCUUUCAGAGAUGCAUCCGACGGAUCCAAGUUCCCUUUACCUACAUUUUCUCUCGCUAAUAGAUCAUUUGCCAUCUAUAGAGUGUAG